AUGGCGCACUCAGAUCCCUACAACGACCCGUAUGGCCGUCAGCAGCAACAGUACAACGCCAGUUAUGCCGCGGACAAUACCAACUACGGACAACAGCCCUACCACUAUCAGGAAGAAAAUCCCUACGGCGAAGAGCCAAGAUAUCCAACAUACUCUUCGGACCCGACAGCUGGCGACUAUCUCAAUUCGAGCACCGAGAAGGUGGCCUAUGAGUCUUAUCCACAAGGGAACACUGCGCGAGCACAGCCUGGCCGCUCUGGGUUGGCCAGGCCAACGACUUCUUUUGCAGAGAUGGGACCACCCCCCCGAAGUACUGGUAUCUUGAGGGUAUGGAGAAUGGAUGAACGAGGCAAGCAAUGGUCAAGGGGCGGUGGCGUUCGCACGUCCUUACGCUUCUGCUGCUGCACCAUCACAACGGCGAUCAUCAUGAUCAUCAGUGUCGUGCUCGCGGUGCUUCUCUAUAUACGCCCUCCAAGCGUUACAUUGAACAGUGCGACAGUAGAAUCAGGCUCCGUCUCCGCCAGCUCCGAUGGUCUCAGCCUCAAGUUUGACUUGAAUAUUAGUGUCGCCAAUCCCAACUGGUUUGAUGCCGAUUUCAAAAAGAUCGAGGCAACCGUGAGCUACCCAGGUAACAACACAAACAAUUUUGGUGGUGGUAGCAUGAGCAACGUCAAUUUCAAAGGCUACACGGACUCAACAUUCGUGUUCCCAUUCACCUUGAACUACACUCUGGCCAAUGAUCCCGACAAAACGGUCCUUUAUGACUUGAUCAGUAAAUGCGGUAUUUUGGGGACAACGACCGAAGAUAUCACUGUUGAUUACGACCUGAAUCUCAAACUCAAGAUUCUCGGUUUGACAGUCAAUCCCACAAUCAGCAACAGUGCCAGUUUCGAAUGUCCCAUCACAGAGAGCGACAUAGAGAGCAUUGUUGGCAGCAGUGGUCUCAGCAGUCUCACGGGAAGCUAG